AUGGACUCCCUGCAAAAGAGACUUCUCGCGACCACCAUCGAUGACUAUGCUCGAACAACCCCCGAUGAGCGAUUUGCGGUCAUCCCACGAGGGUCAGACCUCAGCAGUGGGUUUCAAACCAUUUUAAUGAAGGACAUGGCAGCAGCAGUGAAUUCCAUGUGUUGGUGGAUCGAGAGCAUGAUUGGACCGGCGCAAUACCGGGAAACUCUGGCUUACCUGGGCAACAAUGAUUUACGCUACUUCAUUUUCAUGAUCGCUUGCCAAAAGACUGGGUACCAGGCUUUCUUUCCUUCGACUAGGAACUCCGACGAAGCCCACCUACACCUAUUAAAAGCGACGAACUGUUCAAAAUUCUUUUACACCGAGGAACGCCAGGCCCGAACAUUGGAGAUCAAGGCAUUGUGUUCGACUUUGGACAUCUUUCAAACUCCGGCUGUGAACGAUAUCUUAAAAAGUGAAGCUGGUCUGCAUCACUAUGCUUAUACCAAGUCGUAUGCCAAAGCUGAAGAUGAUACUAUCUUGAUCAUUCAUAGCUCAGGAACAACCGGUGAGUGUAUCCAAUCUAAAAAUAAGUCCCCAUGGUGUAUUAACUCCAUCAUAGGCAUGCCAAAGCCCGUGUACCUUACCAACGGCUUUUUCAUGACUCUGGGUGCCAGCUCCCAUCUUCAUUUACCAGCAGGCCGCAAGCCAGGUAUUUACUACCAUCUAGGCCAGGAGAGCUUGGUUCUAGCCACAACACCUCUGUUCCAUCUUAUGGGAUUAAUGCCACUUGUAUUCUCGGUGUGGUUCCACGUCCCUACCCUUUUGGGCCCCGAGAAGCCACCUUCUGUUGAUUUCAUGAUCGAAUUACUCCGAACUGGUCGCCCAACACACGCAAUCUGUGCACCAUCUGUCCUAGAAGACAUGAGCUAUUCCAGUGAGGCUUUGCUUUGCUUGCAACAACUGGAAUUCGUUAUGUUUGGGGGAGCACCUUUAUCCCCCGAGACAGGUGAGCGGCUACUCAAGCACACACGGAUCUUGUCUGUGAUUGGCACCAGUGAGGUCGGUUGGAUCCCAACCCUUAUCCCCGAGGACCUAGCCAAUUGGGGCUACUUCGAAUGGAACGAGGCCUACGGUUUGGACAUGCAAGAUAUUGGGGACGGAGUAUAUGAAAUGGUUAUUCCACGACAGCACAAUGCUCGCGACUUCAAGGGCAUUUACCACACAGAUCCUGACAUCAAUGAGUACCACACAAAGGAUCUCUAUACGCAACACCCGACGAAUCCAUGUCUUUGGAAGUACUAUGGGCGGAAAGAUGAUGUGAUUGUCUUGAGCAAUGGCGAGAAGUUCAACCCCAUCAACAUGGAGACCAUCAUUGCAGGUCACCCCCUCGUCGGAAAAGCAGUGGUAGUUGGCCAGUCUCGGUUCCAGGCCGGGUUGCUCAUUGAAGUGGACCAUGGAGUUGCGGACAUGGACACCAAGGCUUUCAUCGAUGAGAUUUGGCCCACUGUUCAGGUGGCUAACCAGACCAUUGCUGCCCAUGGACGUGUGAUGAAGAACAAAAUCGGGUUUGCGCUGAAGGACAAGCCUUUCAAGAGAACCCCCAAGGGCAGUGUGCAGCGCCGGGCUGUUCUUCAAGAAUACGCGGAUGAAAUUGACGCUCUGUAUGCCGAGGCAUCGGAGGAUGGUAUGGAUCAACUCCUGCCGGAGACCUUGGACGAAGAGAGUGUUACGGCAUUUACUCGCCAGGUUGUUGCCCGAGUCCUGGAACGUUCUGAUUUCUCCAACACCCAAACAUUUGAUAGCGCUGGUCUUGACUCCUUGAUGACUAUCCGGGUCUCCCAAUUGCUGCAAUGGGGGAUUCAGAUGCGUCGCCCAGAUGUACAAGCGAGUGCUGUCAGCACACAGGCGAUCUAUGGAAACCCGACAAUAGACCGGCUGUCUCAGUUUGUGGUGACCAUUUUGGGUGGAAAGUCGCAGGUUGAGAUUCCACGAGCAGAGAAGAUCGAAGACCUGGUGGAAAAGUAUACAUCUGAUCUUCCAAUCCGGGAAGCACACCCUCAAACAGACUUACCUUCGCCUACGACUGUGAUUCUGACGGGCUCAACCGGCUCACUGGGAAAUUAUCUACUCCAUUCCCUUUUGAGUGACAAGCGGGUGUCGAAAGUCUACUGCCUUAACCGUUCGGACGCUGAGUCCCGACAAAAGCAAGGCUUCGAGGCCAAAGGCCUGCUUCUCACCACAACUGACUGGCAAGAGCGAGUUGAGUUCCUGCAGGCCUCCUUCGGGGAACCCAGAUUUGGUCUUGAUGAAAUCAAAUAUCAGGAACUCCUCGGCUCGGUCGACACAAUCGUCCACAACGCCUGGAAAGUCGACUUCAACCACUCCGUCGACUCUUUUGAAGACACUCACAUUCAGGGUGUCCGUCGCUUCGUGGACUUCAGUCUGAGCAGUCGGCACAAUGCCCAUCUGCACUUUGUUUCCUCGGUCAGCACGGUAGGCGGUUGGACACCCGACAUGGGCGCGUCGGUUCCAGAGAUCCCCAUGGAGGACAGCGCGGUGGUGCUUGCCCAAGGAUACGGCGAAUCCAAGCAUGUCGCCGAGCGCAUCUGCCUCGAAGCGUCACGACGAUCUCACGUGCCCACGACUGUAUACCGCGUCGGCCAGAUUGCAGGACCGAAGAGUUCAAGUGGACAGUGGAAUCCGCAUGAAUGGUUACCGACGAUCAUCGCGACCUCGAAAGCACUGGGCAAAAUCCCCAACCGACUCGGUUCGAUGCCAGUGGACUGGGUUCCUGUCGACACCUUAUCUGAAGUGCUAGUGGAGAUUGUUCACACACGUCAUAGGGGCACCUCCCCAGCCGUGUUUCACCUGACGAAUUCGGAACUCGCGCCGUGGUUGUCGUUGAUCCCAGCCGUCCAGGAGGCGUUCCCAGUCGAGCCAGUGGAUUAUUCCGCGUGGGUUGCCGAGCUAGAAAGUAUCUCUAAUCCCAGCGCCGAGGAUCUGGCUUCCAUGCCUGCGCUCAAGUUAUUGCCAUUUUACCGGGGGUUGCAGGAUGAGGGCAGUGCUAUGUCGGUGCCACUGGAUGUCAGCUGGGCAAAGGUGGCAAGUCAAAGCAUGAGGGCAUUAGGGCCGGUCUCUGCCGGCAUGAUGCGGAAUUGGUUGUCGCAGUGGCGGUUUUGA